AUGUAUUCCUGGACCGACUCAUCGAUCGUCUUAUCUUGGUUGGUAUCACCUCAAAUUAAUUAUAAAAUAUUUGUGACCAAUCGAAUCGCUAAAAUCCGGCAAUUACUUCCCGAUUGUCAAUGGAAUCAUGUACCAUCCGAAGACAAUCCAGCGGACUGUGUUUCUAGGGGGAUAUUAGCGUCACAAUUAGCGCAGUAUACUUUUUAUUGGAACGGGCCUAAUCUGUUAACGGAUCUGGAACCAACAGAUAGUCAGUUUAUCCCCAUACCUCCAGAAUAA